UGUAGGUUCUCAGUCUGAAAAGCAAGCCCAGAGGUCGUGGAAGCAUAGAAGCGUCGAGUGCAGAGCCCCAAAAAAACCGAAGCACCAGAGAUAAGAUUUUAACUAGAGCCCAAUAAAUAAGCGCGAAUAAGAUGUUAAUCGGCUCAAUACUCGCUUGUACAGAAACGAAUUAAGAAUGCUCCGGAUUUUGUACCUGUACCCCUGUUGCGUUCUGCUAAUCGCGCUCCACCGUCCGCUGGAUGCUAAAACUGUGCUCGUGGAGGAGCUCACAAAGUGGACACUGAGGAACGAGACCUCUUCACUAAGGAUCGACGUAGCCCGGGUUCCAAGCGGGGUAUAUACGGCGCUGAGGGAUACUUAUGGAGACCUGCUGGAAAUGGAGAACAACGUGGCCCUCAGCUGGAUAGCCAACCGAACGUGGAUUUACAGCACCACCUUCGACAGCGACGAAAUCGGUCACGACAAUUUGGUGAACCUCACGCUUCACGGUGUCGAUACCGUGUCCAGGGUGAGGCUGAACGGUGAGUUGAUCGGCGAAACGGACAACAUGUUCGUCCGUUACUCGUUCGCCAUUGGGCACUUGCUCCUGCCCAGUCCCAGCCAGAACACCCUGGAGAUCGAGCUGCUUUCGCCACUUCAGGAGGCCCAAAGACGCGCCCAGAAACUGGAGGAAGAGGGCUACGCCAUCGCUCCUUCCAACUGUCCAGUGGCGCAGGGCUAUGUCGAAUGCCAUUGCAACAUGCUGCGCAAAAUGCAAAUGAGCUUCGGCGGCGAGUGGAACCCGGCAGCCCUUUCGUCCGGCAUAUGGAAGCCAGUGGCCAUCGAGUACUACAAGGUGGCUAUUCUCCGCGACGUUGAUGUGGCCAUCAACCGCAAUGAAACCCACUGGACGAUGGACUGUCGGGCCUUUCUCAGCUCACCUGCCUCGGAGAACUUCUACGCCAAGCUCGUGGUGUAUGCCAGUGAGCUCUUGGAUGAACCACUUGUUCUGGACCAUCAAGAGGUGAACUACGCAUACGCCGUUCUAGAGUUCAAAAUACACAUUCCCCAGGACCGAGUCACUCUGUGGUGGCCAAAUGGCUAUGGCCAGCAACGACUCUACCCGGUGCUGUUUUCAGUGAAGUGCUUCCCAAACGAAGAGGGCCCCAACCUGAGCUCCCGCACCGAGUCGCAGAAGCUUUUGAAGAUCGGAUUUCGCACCAUAGAGUUGGUGGAGGACAUGGACAACAGCGGCAGAACCUUUUUCUUUCGAGUGAACGGCCAUCCAAUCUUCAUGAAGGGUGCGAACUAUGUGCCUGCUAAUACACUGCCAGAACUGUCCGCAGAGGCGGAUACGGUGCAGCACUUGCUGAAGUCGGCCCACGACGUCCACAUGAACAUGAUCCGCGUGUGGGGAGGCGGUCUCUACGAGUCGGAGACAUUCUACAACUUGGCAGACUAUUACGGCCUCCUAGUAUGGCAGGACAUGACAUUCUCCAAGGCCGCCUACCCCGUCACGGACGAUUUUGUGGCUUCUGUUUGCCUCGAGACAAGGCAGAAUGCACAACGGCUCUCGUACCAUCCCAGUCUCGCGAUGAUUGUGACGAACAACGAGAUCGAGCUCUUCCUGGUGAAGAAUCGCUCGGAUCUCGGCGAAAAUGCAGCACGCCUUGAGAAGGACUAUCAGGCUCUAUUUAUGGGCACGCUCAGGCACGAGCUGAGUAUUAUUUCCCGCAAUGAUUUCAGCCCUCGUCCUGGCCCCAUGAUAUCCACGCCAUCGCUGGGUAUUGCAGAGUCUGGAAAGGAGCUGGCCGUAGAUCCACAGCAACCCAAUUUCGGCGACAUCCACUUCUGGGACGACGACAAGGACGGAUUCGACUCGGACACCUACCCGCACGCUCGGUUCGUAUCCGAAUUCGGAUAUGCCAGUCUGCCCGUGCUCUCCAGCUGGCAGCGAGCGUUGGGUAACGUCUCAGAUGUCUCCAACGAAAGCGUAGCUGCCCUGAUCCGAAGUCACCAGCACGAUCCCAAGGGAUUCAUACCGAUACUUAAGCUGAUUGCCCUACAGUUGCCAUUCAUGCUUCACAGCUGGGAUGAGAACAUUGAGGAGUUCAUUUACUUCAGCCAGGUCGCACAGGCAAUGACCUCCAAGACGGCCGUCGAUUUCUUCCGAACCCUGCGCACCGACAACCAGACAAUGGGCGCCCUAAUAUGGCAACUGAAUGACGUGUGGGUGGCCCCCACGUGGUCGUGCAUCGACUUCUAUGGCAACUAUAAGAUGGUCUACUACUGGGCCAAGGACUUUUUGGCCCCGACUAGAGUGAUUGCCUUGUACGACAAGAGCUCCGACAGCCUCAAUGUGACGCUCACAAGGGAGGACUACGUGGAGCACCCGGACACGCGCCUAUACCACGUCCAAAUCAACACAUAUCUCUGGACAGACUUUAUUGCCAAGAAAACUAUAGCCCGUGCCUUCGCUCUGGGCUCUAAUGAGCUGGAAGCACGACCAAUCCCUCUGGAUACUUUUCUGUAUGAAAAUCACUCGAAGGAAGAAAUGUUCCUCGAGAUUGUCCUGGAGGAUAACUACGGUGGGACGUUGUCAAGAAAUCACUUCUAUCCGGUGCCUUUGAAGAACGUUAAAGGCAUCGAAGAUCCUGAAUUGGCGCUGGAAGUGGUAGGACCCGACUGCGGCACGGCCAAGCAGCCGUACACCAACAGUUUCAGCCUACGCAUCACAGUGAAAUCUCCAGCUCUGCUGGUGUACUUGGAACUCUCCCAUCCCGACUAUGUCAAGCAGAGACACCAGUUCUCGACGAACGGCUUUACCCAGACGGAACCCAGGAAAACUGUCCACCUGGAAUUUGAAACCUCUUCCGAGUGCCUAAAGCUGACUAGCGAGCACAUCAAAGUGCAAACUAUGAAUCAAUAUUUAAUCUAAACACAACUUGCAGC